AUGUUGCGAUGGUGCCAACUUCCUGUCCGUGUGUUGGAUAGGAGCGCUACACCAAGUAUUGGCAUUCGCCACUACGCACGCAAACCCGUCGGUUCGACCUCUAUUUUUUCGUCAAGUGCAUCUAGGCCGCCCAUCUGUGCUCACACACAUAGCAACAUCUUAAAACGAUGCUGCAAUACGCGACCCUCGCAUCUUGCACGUUCAGCUGUUUCUGCCCCCCAAUCCCUCUCAACAAACAAGCUUGAUGCUUGUAACAUUGAGCCCGUCCCUCUCUCUGAACUUGCAAAACCCGCCGCCUGCUUCUCUUCGCUUGAGACUUUUACCGAGCUUUUGGGGAUUUGUGGAACGCACCUUCUGGCCGAUGAGGGUCGGGUGCACUCUGUAUAUCAUUCUCAGCGUAUGUUACAAGAUCAAGGUAGUCGAGGGGCGGAGGGUGAGGCUGUUCAUUGGAAAUUUAUGUUGAAAGUCCUUGGGGAUAAAGAACUUUUGGGGUAUGACUUGGAGGAGGUUGAUCGUUAUUGGAUGAUGCUGGCGUUGCUGAAGACAGUAGCUCAUGGAUCUGCACUUACAGCUUCAACUCGUGAAGUUCUUUCUCUGGCGAAUAUCCAGUACCUGAAGAUUCGCCAUCAACCCCACAGCGAGAUCCACAUGCCAUACUUUCGCACCUUCUUGAGCAUGAACCGGGAAUGGUCAAUAACUGCCUUGAAGCAUCUCAGUCACUUGCUCAAACUUCAUCCAGGCGCAGCUUCCAACUAUUCCAGUCUGUUUUGGCAAGCCACAGCUCAAAGGGGGCAUGAUUUACCGUUGCAACUCAAAGCUGAAAUUUUGGACAUGGUGUUUACUCGCGCGACCUCCCCUCCUUCUAACGUCACGCGAUCAUCACCACUCCGGAUGUCGUCGGAUCCCAAAGGAAAUCAUCUGAAAACAUAUAGUGUUUCUCAGCUGGGUUCGAUCCUAUCUUCUGUUGUAUUUCCUGGUUACAGCCCAGAGUUUUCUCCAAUUUCGCUCAAGCAAUGGGCCGUGAAACAAGUGAAGGAAGCAUUUGCGCCAAGUUUGCCUGUUGAUGCGCGUUGGGACAAUCUCUUGUUGCUGUCAGUCUCCAGGUUGUUGAGAGAGUCCUCUUUAGCCUCUGGGCUGUCGCUGAACAGUGCUUGGAGGACGAAGAACACCGUGUGGUCAACCAUUCUCAUGCUUGCAGUUUUGGAACAGACGUUUUCGGUAAUGAAACUCGAUGUUCUGCUCCGAAACGAAGUCCAGGGAAUCUCGAGGCCCUUAUGGAGAGUAUGGAAAAAAAUUGAUAUUUCUCGCACGCCAAUCGACGUCACGCGUUCGGUUGUCGCAGGGUUCUUUCGCAUUGCCGCAUUGUCGAUUGAUAAACCGUUGACCGAUGGAUGUUUCCGGUACUGCAAAGAACGUUCGUUGUGGACGGACCGAACGGGCGAGGAAUCUGUCAUGACCGCUCAAACCGCGUACGUUAUCGCCGCCUAUGUAAUGGCUUCGGCAUCAUGCCGUGGACGGGACUGGUCAGGCAUCUUCUCGAGUAUCUCAUCUGCAUUUACGGGCACACAGUGGAGAGAUCAAGUAGUGACGGAGCUUAUUACUCUCUACGCUUCACAAGACGUUGAAACGGGUGCCAAUCUCGUUUCUUUCAGUCAAACCAAUGGCAUAUACCCAUCGAUCAGCGCCGUUCGAGUCCUCAGCCUGGCCCUCAUUGCAACACAAGAAUGGGAUCUUUUGGUUCCCUUCCUUUGGGAGCCUCGAUUUCCACGAGCACACAUCGAACAUCUGCUGGUUUCAAUCCUUCGUGUUUUUCAGACGCAACGGCGAGAGUUAGCUGAUGUAUCUCUGGUGGAAGUUUUGGGUAAAUGUAUGUUAAAAUUGUACGCUCACUUGCCACCGGCGCCAACGUCCAGAUACCCCAUUCGCUAUUUUUUCUCUGUCAUGGUUGCAACACGUUAUGGCGCUGUGGCUGUCGACAUAAUUGAAGCCAUCCAUCACAGCAGUCCGGGUUUUUUUACCAUGCGUGUAUUCACUCGCUUGGCCCGUCAGCUGGUUGCGCACGGCGAACCUAGUGUUGCCCUCCGUUUGCUCCGCCUCGCCGAGAGCGGUGCUGCUUCUCGCCCACUGGACGAUAUGAGAAGAAAGCUUACCAUGUCUCUGCACAACUCGGGAGCCCACAAUCUGGCCCGGAAAACUUCCCACCGCAUCACAAGGCGGACUCGCCGAGAUAUGUUGAUUCGAGCAGUCCAUUUCCGUCGAAUUCCCACUGAUCGCUUCAACAAGCUUCACAUCAUUCCUAUCGCUACAGCAGUCCCUGAAGACGGACCGACCAUUCGGCACGCGGUGUCUCUGCUAGUCAACGCAAAUCGACCUCACGCCGCUCGAAAGCUUUUCGCACGAACAUUUCACAAACUGGAUUCAAAAGUUUGCACUGUGAUUGGAAACAUCAUCCUCCAUGGCCCCUCACGUAGCCUCGAGGAACGAAAUGGCCGAUUGGUUCGCCAGACCUUGCGGAUAAAAGACUUUUUGAUGCAUCAUUAUGGAUUUGUUCCUGACCGAGCCACGCUCAACAUUAUUCUGAAGACUCUUUUUAAAUGGCGAACUGGGAUUGACUCGCAGAAACUCAAGCGGCUUUUUGAUCAAGUAAUACGGCAGGGUUAUCCAGCUUCUGUAAAAUGGCAUCAACGCCAUGGUGUGCCAUUUGGGACACCACCGUCGUCCCCAGUACUGUUGUCAUUUCCCUCUCUCACGUCGCACAUCUCAUUCGAGAAACAUGUUCGACCCAUGUACAAGAUGUUCAUCAAAGCAUUUUACCUACGGAAUGACGUUCACGCGGCCAAGAAGGUGGUUGGUAUUUUGAAAGAGGAAGAGGUGAUAGCUCUGAAGGAGCGAGAGAAACGGAAUGCUGCACGUCGUAUGGGUAUUAUCAAGAAACGGAAAAGGGCUGUUCGUAAGCUCGACGACGCAUUCCAAAUAUUAGACAAUGCUGUCGCUCCGACAGAGCAUCGUCCUCCACCACCGAAGAGGUCCAACACUUCGCACUCUCUCUACUCAACUUUGGCAAAAUACGGCAUCAAAUCAAAAGAACACAGUCAACCCACUGUAGCGACGCCGGGCAAGAGUACUCCCCACCUGACUGCCAUUCUGACGCGAGCUGCGACACGGACGAAGAAUGCUUUCCCAUUCAGAUUUUCUUCACAACCUCAGUCUUUCUCUCCCUCCCUUUCCUUCCCCAGUAAUGUAGAGUACCGCCCAUCGUCCCUUCCAUCGUUUCUUUCCCGUCUUUCGACAUUCAGGCUUACAACCUAUGCAAACAAACCAUCAGCUAUCGAUGCGGUCGCUGCCGCAAAGUGCGGAUGGACCAAUGACGGCAAAGAUAGAUUGGUCUGCGGCCUAUGCAGUAGCUCCUGGGCUGUCGCAGGAAGGGAGGGUAUGAAUCGAGAUGCUGGUAAGGAAGACAACGAAUAUCCUUGGUGGAGGCUCAUAAGAAUCGGUGUCCUUGGAAAACGCGCCAGUGUGACCUGGUUGCUUCUCUCUAGCCUCCAUCUACUGCAUCCCAUUGCAAUCACCAACGGUGAUGGUCAGGGACGUCAAAGCUGCAGCCAUGUCUUUGAACGCAGUCCUAGAAGACGUCACGAUAAAGCACCCUCUGGUACGUUUGCGUCCAAAGUGAAGAACCUUCCUCACUCCAAGUCCAUCCAGAAUCAAUCUCAACUAAGUUCACUUCGAACGGCUGUGGCGUCAUUCAAGCCACCCAUGCGACUCACAUCUGACAACACGCCGAAUGGCGCUGAUCAUCAGUCUCCUGCUUCCUCACCCUCCGCAGUGGAAGAACCAGAAGAGGAACCGUCGGAGACUGCGAUUCUGACCGCUCUUUUUGGUUGGACUCUUGUCAAGUCCGCACCCCCGAUCGCCUCUCGGAGGGUAUCAGCGGUACGAACAAGUUCCGCAGUACCCUCUGGCCCUGCGUCGCCCUCAAUGUCAAACUCAGUAUCGCGACCAGCAACCCCGCCACCAGCCAGCAAAGGGGAUGCCAUAUCGUUUCAAAUACCAUCCAACUUGUUAAAAACCAAGGACAGCGCACUGCUGCAAUGCAACCUAUGCCAGCGUCGGAUUGGUCUAUGGGCUUUUGCACCUCGCCAAACCACCGAGCAGAAAGUCCACACACAGGAAGAUCCUGACAAGCCUUCCACACAACGUCCCAGAAAACCUAUGCCCCAACGCCCCUUCGAUUUAUUGAAAGAACAUCGUUCUUAUUGUCCAUAUGUGGUCCGCUCUACUGUCGUCCCAUCUAUGUCUAUACCAGUCCAGGAAUCAUCCUCAUCUUCUCGCGUCGAGCUGACACGUUCAACGACAUCCUCUUCAAAUUUGCAGGGGACAAAUGGAGCACUGGACGGUUGGCGUGCAGUUCUCACUGUUGUCCUUCGCUACGGAAUGGCUCAACGACAAAUGGUGGAAUAUCAUAUUCGUGGAUUGGACGAUGCAACCAAUACAAAUGGGAUUGCAGAACCUAUGGAAGUCGAUAACGUCAAGGCGAUGGUUGCUGGAGUGAAGAGCAAAGGGGGUAAGGAUUUGCUCAAGUAUGUCAGGGGGCUCUUAGGUUGA